UGCCAAGGGAACGCUACAUCGAAGUAUUACGUUGCUGGCAAUUUAAAUCGUUUAUUACAUAGUAAAUAAAAAUAGAUUUAAAAGUGUGUAAACAGCGUUUGACCAAAAAUAUGAACGUGAACAACAUAAAUUUAUACAAACUAAUAGACGCGGUGUCAAAACGACCCCCAUUGUAUGAUAAAGAUGACCCAAUGUAUCACUGCCAUAAUAAGUUCAAACACAGACUGUGGAGGGAAAUGUGUACUGAAGUGUUUUCGGAUUGGGAGACGAUGCCAAUGCAAAAGAGGAUAGAGUAUGGAAGGGAGCUUAAAAAACGCUGGAAAAACCUCCGAACCUGCUUUGGAAGGGAAAUGUCUUUUCAGAAGAAAGAAUACAAAGACAUAUUAGAUGGCAGAGAAAUGAAACGCAGAAAGAGAUACGAAUACUUCAACAGAAUGCUUUUCCUAUUAAGUAAGGAACAAAAGAAAGAAAUGGAAAAAAUUAUGGCUGUAACCUCUUCAAAUCAUCAUGCUGACACAACUGACCAUGUGGAUAAUCAGAGUGAAGUCAACAAUGAUUCCAAUGAAAUCAAAACUGAAUGUCCCAGUCCCAGUGAAUAUGAGGAUGAUGAUAAUAUUAUGGUCAUAGAGCCUCAGGAAGAACUGAAAGCAGAAAACCCGUUUCAAAACACUGAGAUUGUUGAAGGUGUUAGUUUGAAUUCUUUAAAUUGUGAGGAAGAUAAACUAUUUUUGCUGUCACUGUUGAAAACUUUUGGAAAAUUCGACGAUAGACAGAAAUUUGAAGCUAAGAUUCAGAUUUUGCAGGCGCUAAAGAAGAUACAAUUUCCUGAUGAAUGAGAAAAUAAUUGAUUCUGUAUCUAGAAAUCAAUUAGUUUAGCCACGGCGCAUAUAAAUAUCUGAAGGUCAACUUCGGCACUGACAAUUUUGAAAUUGAGUGCCUUUUCUAGUGACUAAAAGUAAAUGGUUGGCCAAACUAUAUAUUUAACAUUGGUUGUGGUCUGAUUCAAAUAUCAUAUUUGAUGAGAGAUAUAUCUUAGUUUUUUUUGUAAAAUUAUAUCAUAGGUAAGUCAUAGGGACUUUUAAUUCAAAAUCCUAUUUACUUUUAUACAUAUUGAGGAACUCAAAAUCUUUUCAUAACAUCUA